ACCUCCCUUUCUCCCACACCACACAUCGCCUCACUCCCCUUCCCGCACCAUCCAACACCUCGCUGGAGCUGCUUCAGACAUGCAUCUAAUGUACCAAUGAUCUUCUGCUCUUGUCAUUGCGCAGCGUUGUCUUGCAUUUGUCCGUUCAUCCCAGCAUCCGCAAAGGGAUACGUGGUGGCUAAUGUUGGACGAUUUUUAGGUACAUUUCCUUUCACGCGCAAUUGACGCGGCCCUCCUUUCGUAAUACUGGACAAUGGACAACGAUACGAGCGAGCCUGCCAAUGUCUUCACCUCCCACUCCGCCGGCGCGGCCGCAGCCUCCUGGCAUCCAGCUUUCCGAAACAACAGCGACGCGGUCCCCGAGGAGGAGGACGACUUCUUCGCCCGCUAUCCAGGACCUACUCCGAAGAAGAAUGACGUGAGUGAUGCUACGGACAACCACAAGCUGUUUGAGCCGGAGUCGCCGUCAAGAGAAAGGAGUUCAUCAAUCGUACACAAUAUCGAGACCGACGACUCCCAAACAGCGCCGGAAGAAAUUCAGCAGGUGUCUGAAGCUGAUGUGGGACUGGACGGGCACUCCAAUUCGGAGUUGAAUAACGGAGUGGAGCAGGAGGCGUGGGCUCAGGAUAUUGAAACGCCGAUACUGUCACAUCAAGAUAGUGUAGAGGAACAAGAGCAGGCGCUAGAGGAACACUUACCGGAUGAUCCUGUCCUUGAUGUCGAGAGCGCACAACCUGCAGAGGGUGCUGAGUACGAGGAUGAAGAGGCACCUGCUGAGCAUUAUGAACAUCAAGGGGAAGGGACCGAGAUGGAAGAAGGCACGGAACCGAGCGCCGCGGAAUCGUUGUUGGAGAACGAACAGCCAAUGCCGACCGCACAGCCUCUGGACCAGGUGCAACAGGAACCGCCCAGACCACAUCUCGAUCGGUCCUUCACCACAAACUUUUCGGACUCGCCUGUCGAAGCAGUGCAGCCGCGAUCUAUGCCAGACGAGUGGCCUUCCGUGGGAGACGACAAGACGUUUGGCGAACUAUUAGACCACGAGAGUUCGACGGUGCAUGGGCAUGGGCAUGGGCAUGAUCACGAGGCUUUGGAGGCUGCCGCUGCCGAGGAAUCUGAAGGAAUUGCUGCUCCAGAUGCUAACCCCUCCCCCGAGGAAACGACGAAUCAACUUCUAGAAGGAACGGCCGCCGAAGAAGCGCAAACACUGUCAGCACCAGACGCCGAUCCGCUACUGGAAGAUGGCCCCGGAGAAGAGGAUCUAGCUGCUGCGUGGGGAGCUGCAUUGGACGAUGAUGAUAUGCUUGUAGAGGACUCGGGUGGUCUUGAUCCGUCAUCUUUCUUUGGCGAGGAUGAUGAUGGCUUUCUGGACGAUGAGCCGUUCCUUGAGCAGAGCCCUGCAGCCCAACAAAAACCAGCAACCGCUCAGCAAGCAGCACCGCACACAUCACCCGGCAUGCCGAGUCCACAAUUCUUCAACCCAACUGGGCACGGCCGAUCUGCUGGUACACCUUCAACCGGCCUGUACGAUGUCUACAAUCACUCUGCGACCCAGCCUCAAGCGCCUCAACAACGCCCCCCGGCGCUCCAGCAAGCCCAAAGCUUCUCGGACAAAUCAAAGGGCGGAUAUCAGUCCCCGUACGACCUUCCCAUGGAAGUUGUCAAGCCGAGAAGACGGCCCCAGGCAUCGCAACAGCCUACGCCGCUUCAGACAUCGCCGGCAAUACCACCGCCGCGCAGUAGUAGCUUUGGAUCACCCAGCGUGCCGCCGCAAGGCCCCGGCUCCAACUUGUCACCGCCACCUUCGAGAGACUCGACUAGUUCCAAGGGUAUCGCACCCGCAAAAUCCACACCGAAGACUGCCAGCGGCUUCUUUGAAGAGCUGCCUGUCACUGCCAAGCCUCGCAACCGUCCUGCAGGCACCCCACAGCCUAUGCCCACGCCGCCGCUUCAAGCGGGGUUGCGGUCUCCGCCUCGUGGAUUACCUCCGCAGCAGCAGGCAUAUUCUGCAACGAGCGCUGUUUCUACACCGCCAGCAUCUCAGCAGUCGAGUGUAUAUGGCGGUUUGAGACAGCCCGAAAGGAUGCCCCUUAUUCCGGAUCAACCUGUACAGCAGCAGCAGCCCGUGCAAGCCCCUGCGCCCAACACAAGAUACUCUCCCAGCGCCCAGCAAGCAGGUGGUCACGCGCCGAGCAUGCCUCCAGCAUCACAAAGCAGAUAUUCACCUGCUCCGGCUGCGGCUGCAAACACAUCGCACCCUCCAGCCGCUGCUGCCCGGUACUCGCCCGCUCCAGCUUCUCAGCCAAUGCAAGCAAUGAUGCGCCAGACAUCCGGCCCAAUUGCUCCUCCUGCACAGCAAGCCAAUCUUUUCGCGCCGCGUACCAGCAGCCCUCUUGCUGCGUUCACCGACAAGCCGCACGCUGCGGUCCCCUCAGAACCGCCAGCACCGCGGAACGUAAUGCCAUCCUCGUCUCCAAAAGCCUACGGACUGCAGAGAGGUAUUACCGACACUCGAUAUUCGCCCGCCAAGAGCAAUGAGAUUCCACCACAAAUUGGGGUUCCGUUGCAACAACGUCCACAGACUCAGAGCCCUGACCAGACGAUGAAGCAAGCGAGGAUGACGAGGCCGGCUUCGGGUGGCGCUCCUCUCACGUCGAUGCCCACGGGUCCCGUACUGCCGCACCGAAGGAGAUUCUCCCGCGAGUAUUUGUUGACCCCUCCACAAGACGACCGUGCACAAGACCCACUCGAACGAUGGAAAGGCUAUCCCAUCUUCAAUUGGAGUCCAGGCGGCACUAUAGUCUCCAGUAUGCCCAAACACACACCUUUCUAUGCUGCUGGAUCAGGCGUACCUACUGCGAAGCGCACUCCGGGACCAGUCAUUACACAAGAUGCGGAACAACUACUACCGAUGAACGAGCGGAAUGCCAAGUUCCCGGGCCCACUUGCGGCGAAGAGCAAGGGCAGAAAGAAGGAUGUUGUAGCGUGGAUGGGUGGCAAGAUUCAAGAUCUCGAGCAACAGACGCAGGCCGCCACGAUGGAUUUUUCCCUCUCGCCUGACCUCAAAAAGAGGGCGGAGGAGAAGCUGGUCCUGUGGAAGAUGAUGAGACUUUUUGUUGAACACGACGGCGUCUUGGAUGGCAAUGCCAAGGUUGUGGAAGAAGUGAGGGCCAUCCUUUUGCCCAACCUGGCUCAGCUGGCGCAGAUUUCGGAGCUGCAGAGUCCCGGAUCGGCGGUGGUCGAGAGAGAUGCAGUGGACAAGCACGUCACGCUACAACUACGACAGGCGCUGCUCGAAGGGAAUCGCGAGCGGGCUGUAUGGCUUGCGGAAGACAAGAGGCUAUGGGGUCACGCAAUGCUCAUCGCAUCUACCAUGGGCCCCGACACCUGGAAACAGAUUGUCCAGGCUUUUGUACGGAAUCAAGUCAAGAGCUUCGGCAGCGAUGCGAGGAGUCUGGCAGCGUUGUACCAGGUCUUUGCCAACAAUUCCGAGGAGUGUGUCGAUGAGCUCGUGCCGCCUUCUGCCAGAGCUGGCUUCCAGAUGAUUAGCAUGGCCGAUGGAAGUGUGGCUGGUAACCCAUUGGAAGGACUCGAUCAGUGGAGAGAGACGCUUGGAUUGGUGACUAGCAACCGCACGACCAACGAUGCGCAAUCGCUCAUUUCCCUCGGUAAGCUCCUGGCUGGCUAUGGCAGAGUGGAAGCGGCACAUACCUGCUACCUGUUUGCUCGGACGUUUGUGAAGCAUUCCGGCCCUGAUGAUGCGGACGCGCAUUUUGUUCUGCUCGGAGCCAACCAUCAGGCAAAAGACGAGACUUUUGGAAACGACCUCGACGCCAUCUUGCUCACCGAGAUUUACGAAUACGCCACUUCUCUGUCGGCAGCGUCAACAUCACCCCCUUACGUGCCUCAUCUCCAGGCAUUCAAGCUCGUGCACGCCCAGGAACUCGCCGCGUACGGGCUGAAGUCGAAAGCGCAGACGUAUUGCGACGCCAUUACCUCUGCUUACACCUCCACCACUCGACCUUCCCCCUACUAUCAUCCUACCUUCACCCAAGCCGUAGCGGACCUCGGUGCAUUUCUGUCUCAGACGCCGCACGAUGGAAAGUCUGGCUUCCUGUCUCGACCCGCUCUCAACAAGGUGUCAUCGAGCGCGACUAGUUGGUUCACCAAGUUUGUCGCCGGCGAAGAUGAUCAGACUCCUGGAGGAGCCGCACCUAGUGGCGCGACAGGCGAGGCCGGGCCCUUUGGUGGCGUCAACGGCGACUCGGGCACCAUCAGCCGAACUGGUUCGAGUAGCGAGCUCUACAAUCCGAUGAUGGCUGCCAUGUCCAGUCCGCCGCCUGUGCAGCCGAUGCCUCCUACAUCGAUGCCGAGUCGAUACACACCUGGCGCUCCGGUAACAAUGGCGAAACCUGCAGCUGCACCGCAGUAUAGCAGCCUUGGAACAUCGGCAGCGGAAUCCUCGCGACCGAGCUCCUCGCGAUACGCACCCGCUUCUGCAGUCGGGUCUAAUCUGGGACUUCCUGGCCAAACCUUGAGCAAGAAGACGUCAAAUUAUAGCCUGCCACAGGCUGCUGGUUCCAGACGAGGCUCAGGGCAGGACAAUAGCUCGCAAGGGAGCUAUGAGCCGCGACCGCUGCUGGCUGAGGACUCUGCUUCUCCGUAUGGCUAUUCCCCUCAGGUACAAUAUCCUCCGGAUCCGUCACCCGCUGUGUCAUCACCGCUGGUACUUGGAGAGGUACCUGUGUCGGCACAGCACGCUGAAGAUGCCAUUCCGGAUUUCAAUGGAAUGCCCGGCCCAGCCGCAUCGGACGAGCCUGCAACCGGUGAAGGCUUUAGCAGUAGCUACGAACCUCCCACCGGUGGGAGCGGCGGCUAUGAACCACCCACUGAAGGCACUGGCGUCUACGAACCACCCACUGAAAGCAGUGGCGUUUACGAACCACCCACUGAAAGCAGCGGCGGCUACGAACCUCCUACUGGAGGCUACGAACCGCCAACCUACGCAUACGAACCCUACGAGCCAGACGCAGACUCGCCGGAAGACGUUGCAUCGCCCAAGAAGAAGCAAACCUUUGGCGACGAAGACGACAACGACGGCGGCGAAAGCGAGGUGGAACGUCGCGCCGCGGCCCUCAAAAAGAGCCAAGCGGACAAAGCGGCCGACGAAGCCUUCCGCAAGGCCGCCGAAGCGGACGCCGCGCGCGACAAAGCUGGGUCAGGCGGGCAGAAGAAAGGCUGGUUUGGUGGCUGGUUCGCUGGAGGGGCCAAGGACGGCACUCUAUCACCUGGCCCCAUCAAAGCCAAGCUCGGCGAAGAGAACUCCUUCUACUUUGACAAAGAUCUCGGCAAGUGGGUGAAUAAGAAGGGCGGAGCGGACAGCGCUUCAGCUUCUGCUGCUCCCACUCCUCCGCCUCCUCGUGGUCCGCCGAGUCGCGUGGCUAGCUUCGGCAUGCAAGCGCGGCCCUCGUCCUCUGGCCCACCCUCGCGCACCUCCAGCGGUGUGGCAUUAGCUGGAAUGAGCAGUGGCGCUCGACCGCCUACGUCUGGCUCCGGACCAGGCUUCUCAGCGCCGCCUUCGGGCCCGGCGUCGAGGUCAGCAACACCCGCUUCGGACGCCGCACCGCCUCUCCCGCUACCGCUGGGAUUGAACGGGGAUCUCGCGCCGCCCAAGAGGCCUGCGUCGGGUCUGAGUGAUGCGAGCAGUAUCGAUGAUUUGCUUGGUGGGCCGGCGGGCAGCUCGCGGAAGGCGGGGACGGUGAAGGCAAAGAAGAAGGGGGGCCGGUAUGUGGAUGUCAUGGCGGCGAAGUGAGUGAGGGAUGGAUGGCUUUGGAUACCCCUGUCAUGUCGAUUAGAGGUAGGGUGAGGUAUGAAUAUGAUGCUGGCU